CUGUGAAGCUUUUACCAUAAACAUGCCCGCAAAAUGUUCUUCACCACUCUCCGCCACCACCCGAAACUCAACUCUCUCACAAAACCAAAUCUCAAUCUCACACUCUUCCUCUCAACUCACCAAAACUCUCCAGAGCGCCUCCACAACACUGCCACCGUAACCAAAACCAUCCACGAACUCUGCACCCAACACCACAACGUCGACGAGGCGCUUCGCCUUCUCGACCACCUCCGACUUGUCAGUUACGAACCCAAUUCCCUCAAUAUUAACUCCAUUAUUCACGCCCUUUGCGACGCCCGCCGCUUUUCCGAAGCACACCACCGUUUCCUUCACUUCGUUUCCUCCAAUUGUGUCCCCGACGAGCGCACCUGUAAUGUGAUUAUUUCCCGCUUGCUGGGUUCCAAAACGCCGCAUAACACUUUGAAGGUUGUGCGUUGUUUGUAUGAUGUUAAGCCCGAGUUUGUGCCUUCUUUGGGGAAUUACAACUGUUUGAUGGAUCAGUUUUGUGGGUUGUCUCAAGUUGGUGAAGCUCGUAGGUUGUUUUUUGAGAUGAAGAGUAGAGGGCAUAGGCCUAAUGUUGUUUCUUAUACUAUUUUGGUUAAUGGAUAUUGCCGAGUUGGCGAAAUUGAGCUUGCGUAUAGGGUGUUUGAUGAAAUGCGUGAAUCGGGAGUAGCGCCCAAUUCGUUGACGCAUAGUGUUUUGAUUGGUGGGGUUUUUAGGGUACGUGACGUUGAGAGAGGAACGGAGUUGAUGGGUAAGCUUUGGGAGAGGAUGAAGGAAGAAGAUGACGCGCAUGUGAAGAGUGCGGCGUUCGCUAAUCUUGUUGAAUCUUUGUGUAGAGAAGGGUAUUUUAAUGAAGUCUUUAGGAUUGCUGAGGAUAUGCCGCAAGAGAAGAGUGUGAAUGAGGAGUUUGCCUACGGGGAAAUGAUUGAUUCACUUUGCAGAGCGGGAAGGAACCAUGGCGCUUCAAGGGUGGUUUAUAUAAUGAGGAAAAGAGGAUUUAUGCCAAGUUUAGUUUCGUAUAAUUCAAUUUUGCACGGGCUUUGCAAAGAGGGAGGCUGUAUGAGGGCUUAUCAAUUGUUAGAGGAAGGUGUUCGAUUUGGGUACUUGCCAUCCGAGCAUACUUACAAGGUUCUAGUAGAGGGUCUUUGCUGUGAAUUGGAUCUCCACAAGGCAAGGGAAGUCCUCCAGCUGAUGUUGAGUAAAGAAGAUGUUGACAGGACUAGAAUUUACAAUAUAUAUUUGAGAGCUCUUUGUCUUGUGAAUAACCCGACUGAGCUUUUAAACACACUUGUUUUUAUGUUUCAGACGCAAUGCCAACCGGAUGUGAUAACUCUCAAUACUGUCAUAAAUGGGUUUUGCAAGAUGGAGAGGAUUGAAGAAGCUUUAAAGGUUCUUGAUGAUAUGAUGAUGGGAAAAUUUUGUGCCCCCGAUGCUGUGACCUUCACUACUAUUAUUUUUGGUUUGUUGAAUGUUGGAAGAAUACAAGAAGCUCUCAGUUUAUUGAAUCAAGAAAUGCCGCAAAGGGGAUUUAGCCCUGGUGUUGUGACAUAUAAUGCGGUUCUUCGUGGUCUAUUUAGAGUCCAGCAAGUAGAUGAAGCAAUGGAGGUUUUCCAUUGCAUGAUAAAUAAGGGUGUGGUUGCUGAUGUUGCAACUUAUGCAAUAGUAAUAGAUGGAUUAUGUGAGGCUAACCGAAUAGACGAAGCUAAGAAGUUUUGGGACGAGGUUAUCUGGCCCUCAAAUAUUCAUGAUAACUAUGUUUAUGCAGCUAUGCUCAAAGGGCUUUGCCGCUCUGGUAAAUUAAAUGAGGCUUGUCAUUUUUUAUAUGAACUUGUAGAUUCUGGAGUCUGUCCAAAUGUUGUGGGCUAUAAUAUUGUGAUCGACAGUGCUUGCAAGUUAGGCAAGAAAAGAGAGGCCUAUCAAAUUCUAGGAGAAAUGAGAAAAAAUGGAAUGAAUCCGGAUGCUGUAACUUGGAGGAUUCUUGAUAAGCUACAUGGCAAAAUAAGGAAAUGAAUUAGUUUAAAAUUCAGCUCAGCCCGAUCCAGGGAAAUCAUAUAGAAUAUGGAGAUAACUCAACCCCAAUCAGCCCGGCUAAAUUUGGCCGAAAGAAGAAACAGAACAUUUGGGACAAAUAUCUUAAUUUGGCUCUUAAUGCACCUCAGAAAUUCAGUGGGCGGAAUCCAUAUGAGCUUGAUUAUAGUGAUCGCAUUUAACGAAACAAUCAGGUAAUUUUAUCUCCUUCUAGGGCAGCCAGUAAAAUAGACAUCUUAGACAGUCUGUCUAUGUAAAUAGUUGGAAAAUUUCAUUAAAUUGUUAGGGAUUAGUUUGUGUUUUUCUUGAUGGCAGUGGAAUCAUCUCAUCCCACCAAGGGCCUUCUCUAACACAUUUAAGGAAAUUUUCUUUUUACUUCACUAUCAAGGAAGGUUUUUUUCUG